GUCCUAUUCGCUAUUGUGAUUCCCCGAAUUUUUUACGAUGUCCAUUUCAAUUUCAUUUGCGUGUCUAUAAUUACGCACUGUUGACCAAUAGGGCAUUGACAUCAUUUUAUUUAAAAAAUAGCACAUUCGGGGUUGCCUGCACUGCGUCCAAUCGAUCCAAACAUAGCGCAUGCGUAAUACUGCCUUCUGUACGUCAGUGACGAUAGAGCGCGGCUCGUGACGAGAUGCCGAAACCCACCCCCGAAGAGGAUCUGGUCAUACCCCCACAGGAUCAAAAGAUAUGUGGGACGAUAUGUGUGUGUCAAAUGACAGCCGUCCUCAGCGCGGUGGCUCUGGUCUACCUCACCGUGGCCAUUUACAUGCCCUACACAAGGGCUACGGCCUCCGGCAUCGAUCCAACACCAAUAAUGUGCACGACAACUCGAGCCAUCAACAAGGACAAUUGUGACUGGGGCUCCUGUGGGGAGUGGUGCCUCAGUAAGACCUCCGGCGCUUGCAUUCAAAUCUAUGUCAACGUCAGGAAGAACGGGACGUCUUUACUGCUCUCAGAAUGUGGAAGUGCUGCUAAUAAGACUUGCUACGGCAUAGAUCAGGAGAAUGCAAAGAAGUAUCACUGCAUCAGGGAUGAGUGUAAAAACUUAACCGGAACGUUUAAUUGUACUGAAGGGAAGUGCAUAAAUAUUACUGACGCUUUUGAAUGUGCUUUUAGAGAAACAGAUCCUCCGUUAAAAUGUUCCGGUAGAAGAGGGAAGAUUACAUGCAUAGAUGUGCACGGAUUGUUCUCGUGUAAUAGAGGCACUUGUAGGAAAAUUAAAACUCCAUACAAUUGUGACCGCCGCUGUGUUGACAUCCCAACUCGUAACAAAAACGUAAUUGUGUUAAGUGGGGACAGAGUAUUCUUAGCAAAAUGUGUUAAAUUAGCUCAAGAAGACACCGGUGCUGUAGUUUGGACGGAUAACGGCGAAGAAGUUUUAAUGUUAUCUUGCCAUGCAGUACACAAUGGAACUUCCGGAGUAGUGGCGGUCGAUUGUAUAAACGCAGCAUUACUGCCGAAGCCAGAAAUUUCCGAUUUAACCAACUUCACCUAUCUCCAGUAUUUGUAUCAGUCUAGAGCUGUUCAAAAUCGUAUGAUUGCUCCUGCUGAAGUUGAGCUGACCCUCGCCAAUGACAGUCGUCUGAUGAUCAAUCUAGAAGGCUGCGUGAACACCUUGGCCGAUGAAUGUAAAGAAUUCCUUAAAGAUUACGGCAGAGAUGGUGCAGAUCAUAACGCUAAAGCUAGAUUUCCUUGUUUCUAUACGGAGAACAAUCCAGAAAUAGCUGUUGCUAGAUUUGAUUUAGAAACGACGCAUCGUCAGUUCAUGGUGGCUCUGAUACUGCCGACGGUCUUAGUUGUGGUGUCAUGUAUAACGCUAAUGCUGUGCCAACGAACUGUGGAAGUCGGCGACGAUGCAAAGAUGAGGUUUAAAAGUUGCGCCGGGGGACAAGCGGAAAUGCAAAUGUCUCCAAAUGAUCCUGUUUCUCCACUUUGA